AUGGAUUUGAGUACGGCGGAGGAAGAAUCUAAUUCUGAUCAAAUCGUGCAUACACCGCCGGAAAUCGAUUGGGAAAUGCUCGAUAAAUCAAAGUUUUUCUUCCUCGGCGCCGGACUUUUUUCAUGUGUCUCCGCCACACUUUACCCCGUCGUCGUAUUGAAAACCCGGCAGCAAGUUUCUUCCUCCCAUUUAUCAAGUCUUAAGACGGCGUUCUCGAUUCUCCGGUAUGAAGGUUUCCGAGGACUCUACAGAGGCUUCGGGACUUCAUUGAUCGGAACAAUUCCAGCUCGAGCGACAUACAUGACAGCACUAGAACUCACCAAGAGUAACGUCGGAACGAGUAUUAUCAAACUAGGGUUUCCUGAGCCUACCGCCGCCGCCAUUGCCAACGCGAUGGCCGGACUCAGCGCAGCAUUAGCGGCACAACUCGUUUGGACACCGGUUGAUGUGGUGAGUCAAAGACUCAUGGUCCAGGGAAACGACUACAGCAAUGCGAAAAUCUCCACUUCUGAUCAGAAAUCAAACAAAUACAUGAACGGGAUCGAUGCUUUUCGAAAGAUUCUCAACACCAAUGGGCCAAGAGGUUUGUACAGAGGUUUUGGCAUAUCGAUAAUGACAUACGCACCUUCAAAUGCAGUUUGGUGGGCCUCAUACUCUGUAGCUCAAAGACUUGUGUGGGGUGGAAUUGGAUCAUAUAUGUGUAACGAAAACGAAAAUGGCGGUGUGGUUGCAUUUACACCUGAUUCAAGAACUGUAAUGGCAGUUCAAGGUGUGAGUGCAGCCAUGGCAGGUGGUGUUUCAGCUUUAGUUACAAUGCCUUUGGAUACAAUCAAGACAAGAUUGCAGGUUCUUGAUAGCAGUGACGACAACAAUGGGAGGAAAGUCCCAACUAUUGGUCAAACUGUGAGGAAUUUAGUAAGAGAAGGUGGGUGGAUGGCUUUUUAUAGAGGAUUAGGUCCACGAUGGGCUUCCAUGUCUAUGUCUGCAACCACCAUGAUUACAACUUACGAGCUUCUCAAACGUCUCUCCACUAAGAAUCAAGAAAACUUGAUACGAUGA